GCAAGUCCAUGGUUUUUUUGUGAUUUCCAAACCUCUCUAGCUUCAUGCUCAGGCGAGUUUCCGAAGAUUGUAGAUCAGUAGUUAGGUGUGUGCAUUCGUUUUCAUGUUUGGCACUGUUAGUAGAACGAUCUCGCUUGUCAAAAAUGCUAAGCGGUUGUCACUGCCAUCUGGAGUGCGGUGCGUGAAGCAGGAAGUCCCGAAAUUGCUAAGCUAUGACGCCUGAGAGAUAUGCGGGAGCUCUCAAAUUGGUAGCACCACUCACUCUCCUCGUCAUAUCGCUAUCUCUACUGGAUGUUGCCGCAAGUACUCAUCUGAACGUAUGGGCAGAUAGCACGGCUGAGGAGCAGUCCAGGCAGAAAUACUCGGUCAAGUAUGGAGUGAAUUUCCCUCUGCACCCCAUCAAGGUCUUCUGCCGGGCGAUCGCCGAUGACAAUGGCCACGAGCUCGAACAGCAGCAAGGUGUGUCGGUAGUCUGGAAGCUGAAAUCGGCGGCGUCUGACUUGACUUUGGCCAGUGGUACCGGCUUCGGUAACGACAUCUCAACCACCGUCACUCUCAACGCUUCAGUCAACUCGCAGACGCUCCAGUGCGUGCUUCGCACUCAGCUAACGCAACACCCCAUCGACUGGGCCACAGUCCAGGUUGCAGCAAUUGCCGGCCUGACGCCCUGGUCCGAGUGGUCGGUGUGUGAGCCAGUGUGCGGACAGAGUAGGUUCCGGCGACGCCGGCGCUCCUGCUUCAAUCCGGCUGCGAAACCGUUGAAUGAGGUGUGCCCAAAGGCAGCGAGUCAGGCCACUUCUGCACCGUGUGACGCACUACCUUGCCCCACUGCCGCAGUGAAACAGCCUCAGAAACCGAUUCACGUGGACAAUGGCCUGGCGCAGCGCACUGAGGAGCGUAACCUGCGCAUCAUCGUCGCCUGCAGCAGCGGUCUGAUCGGCUCUCUACUCCUGUCGGCCGUCAUCGCCUGCUGGCGGCGCCUGCAGCUCGAGCAGCAGGAGCAGCAACGGCAGCUGCUGCAGCCGGAAGCCACCGAGCCACGCUACCACGGCCUGAAUGACCAGCGGACUCUUCGCGUUGCGCCGCCGCCGACGUAUCAUGAGACUUACCACCUUGACAUCAGUCAGAUCGAGGAGGUCGAGAUGGCUAACGUCUCCGGCGGCUCCUUGCCAAGAACCUCUACGCCCCUGUCACCCGGUAACAACCCAACCUCGCGGCCAUCAAGUCCCAACCAGGAUGCACCGACUUCUGCUGCUUCCUCUCCGACUCUGGACAGCGCGCAAGCCGUGUCUGCGACUGCCGAGUCCGGUGAAGUAGCCGCAGAGGACUGUCCGCUCCAAGGAGAUGCAUCCAUCGGCUCUGUUGUAGCAGCAGCAGCAGGCACCACUGCAGCAUCGCAAUCCACGCAGGGCACGCCGGUCAGCUGUCGCGCACAGCAAACGGAUCAGGCGCUGCAGCACUCAUCAACGACGUCAUCGUCUUCCGCCGCCCCAGCAGCCGCUUGCGCAGGCGGCGUCACCACGACAACUGUUGCAUCGGCCACACCUAGGCCGCUGGCGACGAGCGUUGCCAAUAGCAGCAGCAGCCCCACGCAGUCGCAUCGCUCGUCCAUACCCGCGCCGGGGAGUUCCCAGCAUAGUGUUGCCACGGCGGGCUCAGACAGAGCGGACGCCGCUAGCACGACCGCCUCGUUGGCCGCCGCAGAGCCUGUCGACAUCCUGCAGCGCACGGCCAUCACGUGCGAUUACGUCGUCGACCAUCUGAAGAGCGGCAUCACAGAGGACGAGUGUCCGAUGGACAGCGACGAGGAUCUGUCCUGGUGCAAUCUGUCCGACACCGCGCCGCUGAUGUAGCACUGUGCACGCUGCAUCGCCCCUCACGGCGGCCGCUUUUCCUGCCGCCACUAUGUCUCGUGAUUCGUACUUCUUCGCGUGCGCGUGUGUGUUAGAGGUCCGCUCCGUCGGUCGGAGUCCGUUUUGUUUUGUUCUGCACAACGCUGACUUGAUAGCACAUUAUUUUCUUUUAAUCUGAUACCUGUUGACAUGUAGGAGCAGAGUACACUGUAUAAUUUAUAGCAAUCAACGUGGCUGGAUUCCACUAUUUCACUACCAUCUCCUGUCCUAAUGAAUGUGUUUGUUUGUUUUUUAAAUUGGGAGACUCUAUUCUUUACAACGUCGAGUUAGUCAACUGGUUUCAGGUAUGCACCCAUUCGCUGGGUUCUCCACUUGAGAGAGAGAGAGAGAGAGAGAGAGAGUGUGUGUGUGUGUGUGUGUGUGUGUGUGUGUGUGUGCAUGCGUGUGUAUGCGUGUGUGUGUGUGUGUGUGCGUUCACUACUCAUCCGGCUGGUCUGGUUGCUGCCCUUGUGGAUACUACGCUGUGCCCAUCACGACGUUUGCGGCGGAACAGGCGGACGUCACCUGAACCCCCUGUGCCUGAGGCAUCGCACUAGUUCUGGCAUAUCGGAUAAUAUAAUCCUCUCUUCUUCGGUGACAUCCAUCACAAUGAUAAUUUAGCCUCGGUAUGCCAAUGUGAAGCCAAUGCAGCAUGUGUUUCAACUUUCAACCACUUGUUCUGUUGCUAAUGGCCUGUUCGUUUUUUUGUUGUGCAAUUCCAAUUUCUCGCAUCUCCUAGUCUUGACCGCCAUUUUUUCUAUUUGUUUGAAAGAAACGAUGCAGU